AUAUCAAAUAAUGGUUUUGUCGUUAAUUGUCUCAUAAUUAUUCUAACUCGGAAUUGUUUUCUAAAAAGUGUUUAUUAACGGAGAUUUACGUCGUUCAAAAAUGGAUUUCAACUGUACGCGAACUGAUUCUGGAGCCGAAUCUGAUGCAGGCAUGGGAUGUGUGGAAAUUCUGGCAACAAUAGGAUCCGUAUUCAUAUUGGUGGUCACUUUUCCUGUAUCCAUAUUUUUCUGUUUCAAAGUAGUUCAAGAAUACGAAAGGGCUGUAAUAUUUCGACUUGGAAGACUAAGAUCAGGUGAAGCUAGAGGACCAGGCAUAUUUUUUGUUCUGCCGUGUAUUGAUGAAUACUGCAAAGUUGAUCUAAGGACUGUUUCAUUUGAUGUUCCUCCACAAGAGGUGCUUUCUAAGGAUUCUGUUACCGUGUCAGUCGACGCUGUCGUCUAUUACAGAAUUAAUGAACCGCUAAAUGCUGUAGUCAAGGUGGCAAAUUAUAGUCAUUCUACGCGUUUGCUAGCUGCUACUACAUUGCGCAAUGUAUUGGGAACACGAAAUUUAUCCGAACUGCUUUCUGAACGAGAAGCCAUAUCAAAUGCCAUGCAGGCUGCUUUGGAUGAAGCCACAGAUCCAUGGGGCGUUAAGGUCGAGAGGGUAGAAAUAAAGGAUGUCUCGCUCCCGACGCAACUGCAAAGAGCGAUGGCAGCGGAAGCAGAAGCAGCCAGGGAAGCACGAGCGAAGGUGAUCGCAGCCGAAGGUGAGAUGAAAUCUUCACGAGCGCUUCGUGAAGCUGCUGAAGUAAUGGCUGAUAGUCCUGCGGCUUUGCAACUGAGAUACCUGCAGACGUUAAGUACAAUAUCAGCCGAAAAGAACUCGACUAUAAUAUUUCCUUUGCCUUUGGACAUUAUAGGCCCGUUCAUGAAUCAUAUGAAACGAUAAACGACUAAAAAGUAUGAGAUGAAGAGAAUGAAGGGUAAAAUAAUAUUAUGUGCCUAAUAAAGUCGAUCAUCAAGACCUUAAGGAUAUUAUAUAUUUGAAUGUACAAAAGUGCUGUAUAUCAAGGACGAAAAUGUG